CCAGUUUUCUCUCUCUGAGAGAGGAGUGUUGUUGGUGAAACCAUUUGCUAAACUACUUUAAACAUCGUUCUUUCACAAUCAUACUUCCUGGAUGGUUGACACUCUAGGAACUUUGUGAAUCCGAACCACCAAGAACUGUAUUCGUGUUCCGUUUGAGGUGCGGUUAGUAGUGAUCGGGGAAGCGAUGGCUGGCGAGGACGGUGGCGACCUAAUGCCGCCAGGUGACGGUAACAAGUGCGUCUUCUGCAGGCUCUCCAGUAGGGCCCACUCCUGGAGGUCCCAGGUGGUGUCGAUGACCUUCCAAGACGUCGCUGUCGGGGUUCGCACCCUCGGUGGGACCGUUGUCGAACACUCUGUUAAUAUUUACCACAGAGGGGUGACCUAUUCCCGGGACUUCUACUCGUGGGUCAUGCCUACCUUCAGGGAUGGCCUGCAAGGGACCAGGCAACUCACGAUAGAGUCUACCAGAGAUUUAGUGGACGUUUUCAAAGACUACGCCGUCGUUUUCUUCCUAUACGGCUUGGUCGCUGUGCUGUUCGUCACCCUCAUGUUCAUGCCCCGAUCGCCCGACGAAGACCUUCAAGUCUAUGUGUUGGCGAUGCUCUUCCCCAUUAUCUUCUUCUGGCUGCCUUGCUACUGCUGGAGGAAUGGUCUUUUCGAUCUGUUCAAGAGCGGUUCAACUCAGGAUGGCGAAUCCUGUCCUCAUCAGACUGUGACCGACAAGCCUCCCGAGUACGAGUCCUUGGUGUUCGCAUCGGCAGGUCCUGUAACAUCCUGCGCCGCUCCUCCAACGUACGAAGAAGCAAUCCCCGUCGCUGAAGAGACUCGAAUUCUACCGCCUGAGUACAGCAGGUGUACCAACGUCGCAGUAUCCUUAUGUCCAGUACACCAACAUUCCACCUCUAGACACCCAGGUGUGGUACAGCAGGAAACACGGACCCACAGGAGCAAGAGUUUAGGGGAUCUCUGUGACCAUGACAGUGAACUUCUCCUUGCCUAGACUUCUUUUUUUAUAAAAUAAAGGAGACUUCAGUCUCCUUUUAGUCUUAUUCUGCCUUUCCCAUGGGUCAUAGGCGUUGUGCAAGGAUCUUGUCA